GUGUGUCGUUCAAUCUUCACUCCGUGUUUCCAGUCGGACAAAUAAUAACGUAACACCAAUUGCCUCGCAAACAUCCGCUGUAGCUUGCAGGAUUAUGAAAGCAUGACUAGUAAGUACUUUCUAACUGCGCCAGCGAAUAUGUAAGCAUGCAGAUGGGCGUAGCUGGAUGGCGUAUUUAGGACCUCGGCUGGGACGGUGCCGUAUUUUCCUCCCCGGUGUGUCCGUGUUCAGACUCUUCGGAACUGGUGUAGCUGGGAUGGAUGAAAUGGGUCAUGCAACGAGUCGUUCUCCGCUGGAGCGACUCGACUUCGACAACGUCGCCCUCAAGAGACUUCCCCUGGACCCCUCCGAGGAGCCAGGGGUACGGCAGGUGAAAGGAGCGUGUUUCUCCCGGGUCAAACCGCAGCCGCUGACCAAGCCUCGGUUCGUGGCCGUGUCACAUGAAGCCCUGGCGCUGCUGGGGCUGAACGGAGAGGAGGUCGCGGACGAUCCUCUCGGGCCAGAGUAUCUCAGCGGCUCCACGGUGAUGCCUGGAUCCGAGCCCGCCGCACACUGCUACUGCGGCCACCAGUUCGGCCAGUUCGCCGGGCAGCUGGGUGACGGGGCGGCCUGCUACCUGGGCGAAGUGAAGGUGCCUCCCGGACAGGAUCCCGAACUGCUGCGGGAAAACCCGAGCGGACGAUGGGAGAUCCAGGUGAAGGGAGCAGGACUUACUCCUUAUUCCAGACAAGCUGAUGGCCGUAAAGUCCUUCGCUCCAGUAUAAGAGAGUUCCUGUGCAGCGAGGCGAUGUACUUCUUGGGUGUUCCCACCACUAGAGCGGGCUCCGUAGUGACCUCUGACAGCAAAGUGAUACGAGAUGUGUACUACAGUGGAAACCCUCGAAAUGAGAGAUGCUCUGUGGUCCUUCGCAUCGCUCCAACUUUUCUCAGGUUUGGAUCCUUUGAGAUAUUUAAACGUGCAGAUGAAUACACAGGCCGCCAGGGUCCCAGCUAUGGACGUGAUGAGAUCCGAGGACAGAUGUUGGAUUAUGUCAUUGAGAUGUUCUACCCUGAGAUCCAGCAGAAUUACCCGGACCGGGUGGAGAGGAACGUGGCUUUCUUCAGAGAGGUGAUGCUUCGUACAGCUCGACUCGUGGCUCAGUGGCAGUGUGUAGGAUUUUGUCAUGGAGUCCUGAACACAGACAACAUGAGCAUCCUGGGACUCACGCUGGACUACGGUCCAUAUGGCUUCAUGGACAGGUUUGAUCCAGAUUUCAUUUGCAAUGCCUCAGACAACUCUGGGCGCUACUCCUACCAGGCCCAGCCGGCUAUCUGUAGGUGGAACCUGUUGAAGUUAGCAGAGGCUCUCGAUCCAGAGCUGCCACCUGCUCGGGCUGAGACAGUUAUGGAGGAGUAUCUGGAUUUGUAUAAUGGCUUCUACCUAGAGAACAUGAGGAAGAAGCUGGGCUUAUUGAAGAAGCAGGAGCCUGAGGACGAGAUCCUGAUCACUGAGCUGCUGCAGACCAUGCACAACACAGGUGCUGACUUCACCAACAGCUUCCGCAGCUUGAGUCAAAUCUCCUGUCCUGUCGAGGGAGAGAGUGAGGGAGAGGAAGAGCGUGUCAAACAGGCUACAAACCUCCUGCUGGAGCAGUGUGCAUCUUUAGAGGAGCUCAAGGCUGCCAACAAACCCACCAUGGAUCCACGUGAGCUGGCGAUGCUGCUCUCUAUGGCUCAGAGCAACCCAGCGCUGUUCCAGAUGAUCUCAGACAGGAUGACAAUAGCGAGGCAACUAGACAGGCUCAGCAAACUGAAAGACCUGAUGGACAUCAGCGAGGAGGAGCUCAAAACCAAACAUGCUGAUGAGUGGACCCACUGGAUCACACGCUAUAGGAAGCGUCUGGCUCGAGAGCUGGAGGGCCAAAGUGAUGUGCAGGCCGUGCAGGAGGAGCGAGUGAGGGUGAUGGACAGCACCAACCCACGUGUGGUACUCAGGAACUACAUUGCCCAGAAUGCAAUUGAGGCUGCUGAGAGUGGAGACUUCUCUGAGGUCCAGCAGGUCCUCAAGGUUCUGGAGAAGCCCUUCUCUUCCCAGCCAGAUCUGGAACUUCCUGCGUGGGUGGGCCGAGGUGGGGCCACCGAACAGGGAGAGAGGGACGAAGGACAGGAGGCGGAAGCAUCAACAUCCACUGCCAGAAACCCUGUGCCCUAUGACAGCAAGCCUCCAGCUUGGGCUCAUAAAAUCUGUGUCACAUGAUCUUCGUAAAAACUUCCCUGAGCGUUAACUUGCCUGCCUAAAGUAAAAAGGAAGUUGUUUUUCACCUUUUUAUGACCUUCCUCUCUUCUCCAUUCACUGUACAACUUUCUAUUACUUUGGCGGGCAGGGUCAGGGAAGUUAGCAUGAGGCACAAUGCCCCACAGGCAACCUAGAUGAUACAAAGCGGUCAGGGAAUGAGUUGAGUUUGGUGUCACACAUACAUAGUUAUAAAUAUGACAUUGCUAUGACUGACAAAAGCUUCUUACCAUGUGUGAUGUGCCAGGAAAUGGUCUUGUAAUUUUAAAUUUCUUCCAUGUCUUGAUGUAUGCUUAAAACAACAUGUUGCAGGAGGAUUUAACAUCAGAAGUGACAAUUUGAGGGAUUUGAUUAACAAGGGUUAGGCUGUCCAUAAUGACAUUUUAUCGGGUAGAAUUUUUGUAGAUGCCCCUCAAUACAAGAGGCAUUAAUUGAAAGAAGAAAACAAAAUAAUUUUUAUUUAUUGUGACUUUUCCGCUUUACAAAGAAGCCCUUCAACUUGUUCCCUGUCUGCUUAGUGUUAACUAGCUGGUAAUGACGACUCAGGCAACAAGUCCUACAGUGACCUGUCUGACUCUGACAAACUGUGGGGUAUCACCUCAGUAUAUACCAAAUAUUAUGAUGUGUGAGAGAGUAGAUGAUGUUUCAGGCACUUUUUGUGGGUGUCAGGAAGUGAUUGCACUUAAUCAAAUAAGCCGCACUAGAUAAACACGCACAGUAUAUUCUGGUGUAACAGAAAACAUUUACCAUAGUAAUUUCCAUAGUCAUAGCAUCACUUUAUAGGCACUGAGACCAAAACAUCAAAUGAUACCGUUUGUGUUAUCCAAAAUGUUCACUAAGCAUCACAACUACAAUUGAACCAGAGCCAAGAAAAGAAAAAAAUGGGAACUGCAUGUUAAAUCUGACUAAUGGUCAGGUUGUGACUAUGCAUGCAAACUUCUCAGGGGAAGUUUAUUAUAGACUGUUCCACAAAUGUGAUACGAUCAAGAGUGAUUUGUAGAGAGGGAAAAACAUUUUUCCUCAUUCACAAAUUUGUUUUAACCGUAUUGCCUCUGCCUCCUGAUUUGAUCAAUAAGUCGGUUUGGCAUAUUAAUUCAUUUCUUUUGUCAAAAUGAAUCCACAAACACAUGACAGAAAUUGAUAAGAAACGAGAUUUUGUUUAAGAGUUUUAUUUUUCCUUAAUAAAUAUGAAAAAUAUCCUGAUGUAUGUUCCUCAGUUGUAGCUGUGACACAUCUCAAUAAACUGAGCAGUCAAAAGACA